UUCCAUGCGCCGCGGCUGCACACACGCGACACCGGCUUCGUGCGGUUUUUCCAUCGAGUGAAAACAUGACAACUGUUUAAGAAGUUGAAGAAUAAGCGCGCUUAGUGGCUUAUAGUAUUAUAUUUAUUAUAUUUAGUGUUAUAUAAGACUAGCGUUGUUUUAGUUUUAGUUCAAAUCUAAUCCACGUGGGCAUAUUGGUGACAUUUCGUUCUGUAGCUAAUGACAGUGGAUUUCAAAACACGGCCUUUUAAGUUUGUAUAGGAUCUUCCUCAGGUAAAAACCAGGAUGAAGUGUCACUAUGAGGUGCUGGGGGUUAAAAGGGACGCGUCGGACGACGACCUGAAGAAGGCUUAUAGAAAACUAGCCUUGAAAUGGCACCCGGACAAGAAUUUGGAUAACGCAGAGGAGGCUGCAGAGGAGUUUAAGCUUAUCCAAGCUGCAUAUGAUGUUCUGAGUGACCCACAGGAGAGAGCCUGGUAUGAUAACCACCGAGAGGCGCUGCUGAAAGGAGGUGUCAGCGGAGAGUAUCAGGAUGACAGCGUUGAUCUCUUGCAGUUCUUCACUGUCACCUGUUACUCAGGUUUUGGAGAUGACGAAAAGGGCUUUUACACUGUAUACAGAAACGUGUUUGAGACUAUCGUAAAGGAGGAGACGGAGCACAGUAAAGAUGUGGAAGAAGUGGAGGAUGGGUUUCCCUCAUUUGGAGACUCUCAGAGUGACUAUGACACUGUGGUACAUUUAUUCUAUGGCUACUGGCAGAGCUUCUGCACACGCAAAAACUUCGCAUGGAAGGAGGAGUACGACACGCGUCAGGCCUCCAACCGCUGGGAGAAAAGAGCCAUGGAGAAAGAGAAUAAGAAAACCAGGGACAAGGCUAGGAAAGAGCACAGCGAGCUGGUGCGCCAACUAGUGGCUUUUGUUCGAAAGCGCGACAAGCGAGUUCAGGCCCAUAAGAAGCUGGUGGAAGAGCAGAAUGCAGAGAAGGCCAAAAAAGUUGAAGAACUGAGGAGAAAACAGAAGCUCCACCAGGCCAAGCUGGCGGAAGACUAUCAGGAACAGAGUUGGGCUGCAAUGUCGGAGCUGGAGAAAGAACUGCAGCAGAUGGAAGCAGAGUACGGUCAAGAAUUUGGUGAUGCAUCAGACAGUGAAGAGGACGAGGAGGAGCUGGAAAAUGGGCAGGAGAGGGCAAAUGUGGACGGGGGAGAUGUGGUGCAGGCAGAUGGUGCCGCGGAAAUGGACGACUAUUAUGAUGACCUGUACUGCCCUGCCUGUGACAAAUCUUUUAAAUCCGAUAAAGCUAUGAAAAACCAUGAGAAGUCUAAGAAACACAGAGAGAUGGUGGCAUUGCUACGGCAACAGUUGGAGGAGGAAGAAAAGACGCUGAAUCAGAAUUCUGCCGAGAGAGAAGAGGAAGAGGAUGACGACGAUGAAGAAGAACUCGAUGACACACCAAGACAAAAGCUAUCUAAAAAGCAGAAGAAAAAGAGACGCCAGCAGAAAAAUGUAAAUGUAAGUGAAGAACCAGAGAUUGACAACCCAGUCCCACAGUCCACAGAAGAGCAUUCCGCACCUGCGCCCGAUUCGGGUAACAACGAAGACGCCCCUGUCCCCUCUGAAGACCCAGAUGAGAAACUAAAACCAGAGGGAUGUGAACCCGAAAACCAAAAAAGCUCCGCAAAAACAAAAGCGAAGAAAAGCGGAAAAGACUCUAAGAAGAACAACAAAGUGCACGGAGGUGUGGAAGUUGCACAAGAGAAGGAAGCCAACCUGCACUGUGUGACCUGUCAGUAUGAAUUCGCCACCAGGAACAAACUUUUUGAUCACCUGAAAACCACAGGCCACGCCACCGCCCUCUCUUCUAGUAACACCGCCCAAACGUGCAAGAAAAAGAAGGACGCCAGGAAGAACAGAUAACCGAGAGGCAGCCUUAAAGACUGAAGCCCCUCUGAUUGUACAUUUGUCUAAGAAAACACAACCUCUGCUGUUUUUUACAGCUCGUUUGAUGACAUGCAGUUGUGCAACCAUCAGGAAGCGUGUGUAUUUCUGUCCCUAGAAGAAUGAACAUCUCUUGUAACACGCCAUAUGCCAAAAGAUUUCCCAAGAGCUGCCAUUUUAUUCCCACCAUAAUUGAUGUGUAAUCUGGUGCCUCAGAGCUGCUCUGUAAGCGAAUGAGACUUGAGUAGGCCGUGCGAAUGUAUUGUUUUGAUUUUAGGACAUUGUGAAUAAUUAUCUUCCUGCUAAAGAUGGCAUGCUUUAUGUCACGUUUAGUUGGGUUUUCAUAGUCACCAUUCCAGACUGGUAACCUGUAAACGGCUACGUGAGGAAUAAAACGCCAAUGGAUGUUUUGA